ACAUGUCCUGCCUUUUGAGAGAACCAGUCAGGUGGUCGCCCGGGUUCUGCAAAUGGUUUGAUGGCUCGACUGACAGAGACCCUGCAAAGUUAAAGAUCAAUCCUGUGAUUCUGCCAAGGCAAAGAAGCAGCGGGAUGUCCAACAACAUGGCCAAGAUUGCGGAUGCCCGAAAGACGGUUGAGCAAUUAAAGCUCGAGGUCAACAUAGAGAGGAUGAUGGUAUCCAAAGCAGCAGCAGAUCUGAUGGCCUAUUGUGAAACUCAUGCCAAAGAUGACCCCCUGGUGACCCCUGUGCCUCCCUCAGAGAACCCCUUUAGAGAGAAGAAAAUAUUCUGUGAGAUACUGUAA